AUGUGCGGGUGGAAAAAAAGCUCCAUCAGCCAAAAGUCAAAGCCAAUAGUUGGAGCCUACAUGUCGGAAUUCCAAGACAAGAGAGACUUGUUGAAGCAGCCGCUUCAUGGGAUUUAUAUCCCUGUGGCGCUUAUCAUAGCAGGCACGUGUCUCAUUGACUACCACUAUUUGCCUUAUACCCUUUCUUUUGUGGCGAUAAUGUGCACCUACAACUUUUACGAGGCAUGGAGCAGACGGCGGUCGAUUGAUCCUGUCAAGUGGAACGACUUGGAAUUGAUUGACAAAACGAUCAUCUCGAAGAACUCCGCCAUCUACAGAUUCAAGUUGAACCACGAGGACGAAGUUCUUCGCAUUCCGCCAGGACACCACGUUGCUUGUUGUUUCAGCAUCGACGGCAAAGACGAAAUCCGCUACUACUCGCCCAUUUCGAACGAGUUCGACACCGGUUUCUUUGAUCUUUUGGUCAAGUCGUACCCGCACGGCAAGGUUUCGAAACGUUUUGCCAUGUUGAAGGAGGGCCAGACCGUCAAGUUCCGUGGCCCUGUCGGAAGAUUGGAGUAUCAGACCAAUAUGGCUAAAGAAAUCGGCAUGGUUGCUGGUGGGUCCGGCAUCACCCCGAUUUUGCAAGUCAUCACCAAAGUCAUCACCACUCCAGAAGACACCACGAAAAUCAAGUUGCUUUACGCCAACGAGACCGAAAACGACAUCUUGUUGCGCUCCGAGUUGGACCAGAUUGCCAGCAAAUACCCGAACUUCGAGGUUCACUACACCUUGACCCACCCACCUCAGAACUGGACAGGCUCUGUUGGCUACGUUACCAAGGAAAUGCUUGAAAAAUAUAUGCCUCCGGUUUCUCCAGAGAACAGACUUUUUGUUUGUGGGCCACCUGAAAUGAAGAGACUUCUCAUUGACCUCACAACCGAAUUGGGCUGGGAGAAAACCACCAUGAAGUCUGACGCAGGAGACCAGGUCUUUUGCUUUUAG